AUGGACCGGGUCCCGUGUAAGUGGGUUGUAGUUGGAUCUUGCAGAAACACUUUGGGAUUUUUUCAGAUCACAAAGUGGGUGGAGAGUUACAAUUGCUAUGGAGAAGUGAUAUCUAACAAUAACCGAUGUAUAACAGCAAGUAUGAUUGCUUCUGAAAUUUUGUCACAGGUGCGGGAGGAUUUAACUUAUAAAGUCAAACAGAUCCAGACGCAAGUAAAAACAACUUUCAAUGUCGAUGUGACCCAUGCCAAGGCGUGGAAUGCAAGAAGGAUGGCGAUUGAAAUGUUGUAUGGAACAUGGCCGAGUAACUUUGAUGCAUUGUCCAAGUAUAUUGCUGAAUUACAAUGUGCUAACCCAGACACUGUUGUGGAAGGGUUCCAUUAUCCAACCAGUUCAAGCCGUAUACAAACAUUCAAGUUUGUAUUUUGGGCAUUUGGACCGGCAAUUAAGGCAUUCCAACGUUGUAUUCCAGGGAUCUUUGUCGAUGGCACUCAUUUGAAAGGCAGCUACAAGGGUAAGUUGAUAACUGUAGUGACGAAGAACGCCAAUGGACAAUUAUUGCCUGUCGCUUUUGCCUUGGUUGAUGAAGAGUCUAAUGAAAGUUGGGGAUGGUUUUUAAAUCUCUUCCAAGAGCAUGUCGGAUCGCAGUUGCAGGGUGAUUUGUGUAUCAUUUCAGACCGUUACCAAGGCAUACUUAAUGCAGUGAACCAAAUUGACGAGUGGCAUCAUCGGUAUUGUUUGAGGCACGUUUGUAGCAAUGUCAACUCCCACUUCAAGAAUAGGAGAAUCAAAAAUUUGGCUUGGGUUAUCGGUUCUACAUCCCAACCAUCCAAGUAUUCUUGGGCGGUGAAUCAAGUCAAAGGUGAAGAUGAUUGUGUUUGGCCGUAUUUGAGAAACAUUGGUUUGGAUAAGUGGACUCUAAGACACGACUCGGGGCUUCGUCGUUGGGGUAACUUAACGACAAACAUUGCCGAGUGCCAAAACAAUGUCCUUGGAAAGGCUCGAAUGCUACCUAUUAGAGCUUUAAUUGAAACCACUUUUACUUGGACAAGAGACCAUUUUGCCAGUCAAUACUGGAAGGCCAGUAAUUGGAAACCACCACUAGCUCGCAAAACGUGGGAGGUUUAUCAGAUGCGUGAAAGAGCCUCGACAAGCCAUAGGGUGGAAGUGUUUGAUGAAUGA